CAAUGGCUUCUCCUACUGAGCUCCGCUCUUGCUGCCUUCGCAGCAAAUUUCAACAAAAAUGUAGACAUAACAUGGGGCGACGGCAGAGCCAAGAUACUCAAUAAUGGAGACCUUCUCACUCUCUCCCUAGAUAAGUCCUCUGGCUCCGGUUUUCAGUCCAGGAGUCAAUACCUCUUAGGAAAAAUUGAUAUGCAGAUCAAACUCGUCCCCGGGAACUCCGCCGGAACUGUCACAUCCUACUACUUGAAGUCGCUGGGAUCGAGUUGGGACGAAAUAGAUUUCGAAUUCUUGGGGAAUUUGAGCGGCAACCCUUACAUUCUUCACACCAAUGUAUAUGGUAUACAUUGUGAAGGAAAAGGAAACAGAGAGCAACAAUUCCACCUAUGGUUCGAUCACCAAAAGAUGCAACACCAAAUUCUUCAAGUAUACAAUCUCAAACUUCUGUAA